UUAUAUCAAACGUGGCGUGAUUUUAGUGGGCAAAUAGCUAUUCCUCCUGGUUCUGCAGCUCAGCUAAGUUGCUCUCUCGAAUAAAAGCAUAUAAUUAUUAUUAAUAAGGAAAGAAUAUUUGAUUUGAGGAGUUGGUGGGUGCUGUGUUAGCUCUGUUCAAUACUUCAAUCCGAUCAGAUCAUCUACUCCGGCGACCCGACCCAUUUUCUCUGAACAAAGGUAGUAAACGGAUAUGGCUUCAUUCCGGGCAUUCUUGAACAGUCCAGUUGGUCCCAAAACAACUCAUUUUUGGGGCCCUAUUGCUAAUUGGGGGUUUGUUGCUGCGGGGCUAGUGGACAUGCAAAAACCACCAGAAAUGAUUUCUGGGAACAUGACCGCAGCAAUGUGUGUGUAUUCAGCAUUGUUCAUGAGAUUUGCAUGGAUGGUACAGCCUCGUAACUAUCUGCUUUUGGCUUGCCAUGCUUCAAAUGAAACUGUACAGCUUUAUCAAUUAUCCCGCUGGGCAAAGGGUCAGGGGUACUUGUCGGAGAAGAAAGUAGAGAAAGAAGAAAAAGAAAAAUCUGAGUCUCAGUAACUUGAUGCUUCUUCCAGUUUUAUUUUCUAUGUUUUGGGUGGUGAUUUUCUCUGAAAUCGAAACUGGUCUCUUAUGUUUUGAAAUGAUUGCUUUCAUUUUAACUGCCUGCAUAAGCAAAAGAGCAUCCCAUUUUUUGCUGAACCUUGAUUUACAUCCUUGAUGCAUUUGUCCCAUAGUGUCUCAAAGGAAGAAAUAAAAUUAGUGAACAAAAA